ACGGUUGCUACAUCGUCGCGAGGGGCGGGGCGCCUGUCAGGGAAGCGGCGCGCGCGGGUGGCGGGCGGGCUGGGGCUUCUCCGCACAGUGCCAGCGCCAGCACCAGACCCGCCCGUACCCCGCGCUCUCCCUCCCGCCCGGCGCCUCUCUUCUGACUCGCGAAGUCCGCGUUCCGGCUCUCGCCCGUGCGCUGUCCCAGUAUGGAGUUGCUGUGUUGCGAGGGCACCCGUCAUGCGCCCCGGGCCGGGCCCGACCCGCGGCUGCUGGGGGACCAGCGUGUCCUGCAGAGCUUGCUCCGCCUGGAAGAGCGCUACGUGCCCCGAGCCUCCUACUUCCAGUGCGUGCAGAAGGAGAUCAAGCCGCACAUGCGGAAGAUGCUGGCAUACUGGAUGCUGGAGGUGUGUGAGGAGCAGCGCUGCGAGGAGGAUGUCUUCCCCCUGGCCAUGAACUACCUGGAUCGCUACCUGUCCUGCGUCCCCACGAGGAAGGCGCAGUUGCAGCUCCUCGGUACCGUCUGCCUUUUGCUGGCCUCCAAGCUGCGCGAGACCACGCCCCUAACUAUCGAGAAGCUUUGCAUCUACACGGACCAAGCGGUGGCUCCCUGGCAGUUGCGGGAAUGGGAGGUGUUGGUCCUGGGGAAGCUCAAGUGGGACCUAGCUGCUGUGAUUGCCCACGAUUUCCUGGCUUUGAUUCUGCACCGGCUCUCUCUGCCCAGUGACCGACAGGCCCUGGUCAAAAAGCAUGCCCAGACCUUUCUGGCCCUAUGUGCUACAGAUUAUACCUUUGCCAUGUACCCUCCAUCCAUGAUCGCCACAGGCAGCAUUGGGGCUGCAGUGCAAGGCCUGGGCGCCUGCUCCUUAUCUGGGGAUGAGCUCACUGAGCUGCUGGCAGGGAUCACAGGCACUGAAGUGGACUGCCUGCGGGCCUGCCAGGAGCAGAUUGAAGCUGCGCUCAGGGAGAGCCUCAGGGAAGCUUCCCAGACUGCCCCCAGCCCGGUGCCCAAAGCCCCCCGGGGCUCUAGCAGCCAGGGACCCAGCCAGACCAGCACUCCAACAGAUGUCACAGCCAUCCACCUGUAGAGGAGGGGCUACUGCCACCCCCUCCCUGCCUCUAGGAACAAUCCACGUCACAUCUAAAGCCCGAGGGGGGCUCUUGUCCCCCUCACAAAAGCCCAAGGGGCCAGGUCUUGCCUAUCCCCACAGUGUGCACUAAGGGGCUGGCUGGCCAUGUGGGUGUCUGCAUGGCCAGUCAGCUCCUCUUCCUCGCCAUCUGACCAGCUUGACUCCUGUCUCUGGUUGGGGCUGGGCCAGGUUGGUCAGACAACUCGAAACAGGUAAAACCCAUGCACCAGCAUUCCUUUUGAGUCCCCUCUCCCUGGACUCUCAUCUUCUCAAUUCCCAAAAUGCCCCAGUGCCUUCCAAAGGUGCUGCCCCUCCUAGGGUUAUUGCAUUUGGAUUCGGGUCCUUCAGGCAUCCUGAUAGACAUGUGUGAGGGGAACUGGCCUAGAUGGCUCCCCUCAGCAUACCUUAGUGGCCCCUGUGUAAUCCGUGCUCCCAGCUGCUCCUAGAGGGAAGGGCCUAGGCCUUGGUCAGAGGGGCAAGAAUUAUAAACUUGCUUUGCUUUCAUCUUAGUUUCUGUGUGAUUGAGGGGUAUGGUGCUGAAAGAUGAGGUCAUUUUAAUUUAUUAAUUGCUUUGAGUACAACGAUAAAGAGGGUACAGUGGGGCCUGUAUGUACCCUACAAGUGGUGGUAACCCUGGCGGUUGCUGUUUCACUCCCUUCUGCUACCGCUUUGUGGCCCAGGAGCUGCUACAGCCUGGGAUGGGGCCAUGCCUUUCUCUCCUUCAGCCUGCACCUCAUCUAGCAGAGGGUAAAGCAGAGGUGGAUGCUCUGCUCCAGAGGUGGUGACUCAGCCUGUCUGGAGAGGGGGGAAGCCCUGUUGACACAGGUCUUUCCUAAGGCCACAAGGUUUGGGCUGGUAGCCCAGGACCAUCAUGCUGCCUUAAUAAAGAUUCUGGAAUAAAACUGCCUUUGGCUCUUGGAUUCCCUGGUGGUGUGGGCACAAGGUGAGGAGGCAGAAGUCAGGUCAGAAACACUGAAGUACUUAGGCUUUGUGGGCCUGAGGGUCUCUUCUCUAACCAGCAGUGCCUAUGCGUUCCUACAAAUCACUGCACUAUAACAGAACACCACCCCUCAGAGGGUUUAUGGGAAAAUGGGACUUGAUAGCUAUGCUGGUUAGCUUUUGUUAACUUGACACAAUCUAGUAGUUACUUGGUAAUCUCAAAUGAGGAAUCUCUUCCAAACAACUGGCCUGUGUCUUUUUCUUAGUUGCCGAUUGAUGUGGGAGGGCCUAUGGGAGGUGCUAUCCCUAGGCAGGUUGGCCUGGACUAUGUAAGAAACUUAGCUAACAAGCCAGUAAGCAACAUUCCUCCCUGGUCUCUGCUUUAGUUCCUGCCUUGGUUUCCCUCGAGGAUGGACUGUAACUUGUAAGAUAAAAUAAACCCUGUUCUCCC